AGAAACCACAAGCCUCCUUUCACCAUUAAAUGAACCCUGGCGAAAAGCCCAAUGGCCACACCUCAAAAACCGUGGGGCCCAAUGAAGUGAAGCGAUACUAUUACAAGCUAAUCAACGAAGAGUUCCGAACUUUGCAAUUGGACAAGAACUUGCGAAACAAAUCGGUAUUUGAUUUGAUCGAUUACUGUGAAAUGUUAUAUGAAAACCUGGCUGCUUCAGUCGAUGGUGAUGUGAUGAGCCUCAAAAGUUAUAUCAAGGGGUACUUGAUCUUCAAUUAUUUCAUCAACAGUUUCAUCAUGUUGCAUUUCGAAGGGUUUGACCAAUUUAUCAAGACAAACGAAUAUGAUUUCAUCAUUUACCUAAAUGUAUUUGCAUUCUAUAAUACGGAUGAGUUGAUCAGCAGCCAGGCGUAUCAGUUCCCGCUACUGGAGCUAAGAAAAUUGAUUCUUGAAUACUUGGGGGACCGAAACUUGUUGAAGUUCGAUGUGAAUGAGUUGUAUGACUGGCUCUACGAGUAUAUUGACUACUUGAAGCAAAAGGAUCACUAUGAACGACGAGUACUUUCAAGCCCGGAGCCUGACUCACUUGAAUCAGACCCCGAAGUCUCAGACCCUGAAGUCUCAGAGCCUGAGGUCUUGGAACCUGAGGACUUGGAACCAAAAGCUAAGAAGUUGGCUAGAUCCUCCAAUAGCUACAAUCUCACUUCCAACUUAGACAAACUAGCCAUUCACAAUAACUCAGACGAGUCUUUGGAAGAUAGAUCCACUGAUUCAAUUAACGAGUUCACCACCAGGUUUCCCUCCAUCAAGUUUUCACCGGAAUCCACUAUGACUGAUCCUCUUAAGCAUAUAACUCCGGCCCCUAAACCCAAUGGAACUACUAACAACACUGAAGUAGUAGUUAAUGGAACCUCUCGACCCCCGAUCCCCACUUCGCUACCUCCGGGUCUACCGCUUAUUAAUAUGGAUGAAAAGAAGAACAAUUCGACCUCUUCAAUCAGUUCACUGACUCCAUAUCCGUUGAAAUCCGAAGUACAUAUAGAAGAACCUCCAUACCCAUUGGACAGGCGGCCCAAUACCGAUGAUCUCUAUUUCACAGAGAAUCCCAUCACAAAGCCAACACCACCAUUAAAGACAUAUAGGACAGAGCCAUAUCAAGGUGCUUACCAGUACCUGAGACCUCCCCAGGUGCCUCCUCCACAAGUUCAACAAGCAUACUCGCAACCACCACCUCUGCAAAUGUUCCAGUACCAACAUCAACCGCUUCCAAUGGCUUUCAAUACUCCACAGCUACAACCCACGGUUCCCCCUCCUCAAGUAUAUGCGAAUCCUCGUCUCACUCAACAGCAGAUGAUCCAUGAAGAUCAUGCUAGACAGAGACAACAACGACUCCAGUACAUGAACGAGCUUUCAAUAUGUGGUCUAAAGAACUUUGGAUCCUCGUGUUAUAUCAACUCUACCAUCCAGACGUUGUUUGGGGUUGACCAGUUCAAACGUCUUUUCAGCAACCUGCAAUACAACAAGUAUAUUAAAGACCCCAAGUUUAUCACCGCUAAGAAGAAUCCAAGGAACAACUCAAAGGAUACAGUACUUCUAAGUGAGGCGAUUUCUGGGCUCUUAAAGUCGUUUGGUAUGCAUGGUGGUGCUUCGAUUGCACCCACCAAAUUCAUUCGAGUCUCGUCACUUUUGAAACCCGAUUUGAACAUUCCCUACGAGCAACAGGACUCUCAGGAGUUCCUCUUGUUCAUUUUAGAUAGACUUCAUGAAGAACUCAGCAACAAAUCCAUGCCUAGUGAAGAUUUGAAUGUGCUUAUAUUCGAAAAUUACAUGAGGAUGUGGAAAAUCCACAUCCCCAAUAAUGAGUUGGAAGGAUAUUUUAAGUGGUAUAAGCUGUUGAUAGAGUUUGAAGGUAGUUCUCCAAUCCAUGAUAUGUUUGAAGGACACUUGCAAAACAAGCUUGUGUGCAACAAGUGUAACUUUGAAUCGAUCAAUUACUCACCCUUCACGAUUCUUUCACUUCCUAUUCCCAACAACAAUCAUCAGUCAGUGGACAUUUCUGACUGUCUUAGAUAUUAUACCCAGGAUGAGAUUUUAAGUGGUGAUAAUGCUUGGAACUGUCCCAAGUGCCAUAAGACCGGAGGUUCUGAUGUAGAUCAUAGUGUACUUGACACCCAUCCAGUAUUCACCAAAAGGCAAGGGAUCUUCAGGCUCAGUAGGAGAAGCAAGUCCCCCACCAAAAGGGAUAAGAGUUCCAAACUCAUCAAGCAUGGGGCAUCAUACUCUACAAAGAAACUAAACUUCAUUAAGCUUCCUCCCGUGUUGUUCAUCCAUUUAUCCCGAUUUUCCAUGCAUAACUUAACCGACAAACUCGACACCGUCAUCACGUACCCGCUCGAGCUCCGGUUCAACAACUAUUCGGGUGAGGACUCGUUGAUUGUGUAUCGGUUGUGUGGGCUUAUAAAUCACUAUGGGAAUCUCAAGUCGGGUCAUUACACAGCAUUGGUGAACAAAUCCACCACGGGACCGUACUGGUGCUACUUUGACGACGAGUCGGUACGGUUAAACAUUGAGAUGGCUCGCAUCGCCAGCUCACGUGACGUGUAUGUGUUGUGCUACCAAAGGGUUUAGUUGGGAUUUAUGGAGAAGCAUCCACAUUGUUUACAAAUUUUUGGCGCGAGUCUAUUUACAAAAGCCCGUCGCGUAUUAAAUCAUAAAUAUAUAAUCCACACCUCAAACAUACAAUGACAUCGCAAGAACUUGCCGAAGAUGAAGAUAAUUCUGGUCCCUUGCUCAUCGAGCAGUUGGAAGGUAACGGGAUCACCAUGAAUGACAUCAAAAAGUUAAAGGCAGAAGGGUACCACACCAUUGAGAGUAUCGCGUAUACACCCAAGAAAGCUUUACUUUUAGUAAAAGGAAUCAGUGAAGCCAAGGCCGACAAAAUCGGCCAGGAGGCCGCCAAGGUAGUCCCCUUAGGAUUCACCACCGCCUCGGAGUUCCACAGUCGUCGGUCCGAAUUGAUUUGUCUCACCACUGGAUCCAAGCAAUUAGACACUUUACUCGGUGGAGGCAUCGAGACCGGAUCCAUCACCGAAGUUUUUGGUGAAUUCAGAACUGGUAAAUCCCAGUUGUGCCACACGUUGGCUGUCACGUGCCAGUUGCCCAUUGACAUGGGUGGAGGUGAAGGAAAGUGUCUUUACAUCGAUACAGAAGGAACCUUCCGGCCCGUCAGAUUGGUGUCUAUUGCCCAACGGUACGGGUUGAAUCCUGAUGACUGCUUGGAUAACGUGGCAUAUGCCAGAGCUUAUAAUGCCGAACACCAGUUCCAGUUAUUGAAUCUCGCAGCCCAAAUGAUGGCUGAAUCACGAUUCAGUUUACUUAUCGUGGACUCAAUUAUGAGCUUGUACCGUACCGAUUACAGUGGUAGAGCUGAGUUGUCGGCUCGGCAAACCCAUGUGGCCAAGUACAUGAGAACGUUGCAACGGUUGGCCGACGAGUUUGGAAUAGCAGUGGUGAUCACCAAUCAGGUAGUGGCUCAGGUCGAUGGGUCAGCUUCUAUGUUCAACCCCGACCCCAAAAAGCCUAUCGGAGGUAACAUUAUUGCUCACUCUUCCACCACCCGAUUAUCCUUCAAAAAAGGUAGGGCUGAACAGAGAAUCUGUAAGAUUUAUGACUCUCCGUGUUUGCCCGAAAGUGAUUGUGUAUUUGCCAUCUAUGAAGAUGGCAUUGGUGACCCCAAGGUGGAAGAAGAGGAGUAAAUUUAUGUAUAUGGUUCCUGUAUGUUAAUUUAUGGUUAAUGUUUGUUGAAGUAUG